AUGUACUAAGUUAGUUUAGAUAAAUCUUUAGAAACACCAAGUAUGCAAGAACCUAAUAAAAUGAAAACUAUAAAGAAUUAUUAAGAGCUAUAAGAAGCUAAUGCAGUAAUUACAAUUAAAACAAAAGGAAAUAAAUUUAUCUUAUCCAAAUUACACCCAUAUUAUUACUUAAAACAUAAUUCAUUAUUGCUUGAAUAUAUUAACGAACAUGAAAUAAAAUCAUUUCUAGAUGAAUUGAACAGAACAAUAGCAAACAAUUGGCCUCCAAGAAAAUUAAUACUUUUAUCAUAUUUACUUAUUCCUUUUACAUGCGGAUUUUCUUUAUUGUGUCCAUAUUAUUGUUUCAAUAAUGCAGAAAAAUUUGUGACUUGGAAAAUUGAUGAAUACAAUAUAAAAUGGGAAGAUAAAGGUUUAAAAUUAAAAUGGGAAGAUGAAAUUUUAUAAAUACAUUUAUAUAAUAAAAGAAGAAGAUCAGAUUAUGAUGUUUAUAAUGAUAUUGAUGUUAUUAUUGCAUGA